AUGUCCCUCCCAGACGAAGACGAAGUCGAACGACUCCUCCGCCAGACCGCCGAGGCUGUUGCUCUCGAACAGGGCGUACUCUCACACAAUGCUCAUCAUGCCGACCAUGACCUCGCUGCUCGCUUUGCCGCUCUUGCCGGUGCUGACGAUGACCAAGCUGCCGAUGCGCUUCUCGAGCAGAUUGCUGAUGAGAUCCAUGCCGAUGAAGAGGCUGGUGAUGCCUAUGAGCGUGCCAGUGCCUACGCCAUGGCUCAGAGGCUGGAGAGGCUCAAGGCUGCCGCUGCGGGAGAUGCUCGCACUCCGGUUGCUCAUCCGGAUAUGCAGGUCGCUACGCAUGAUCCACAUGCUGCUUUGACCGCUCUGGACGCCCUGCCCGUCGUGGAUGCUGCCGGCCGCCUGCAAUCGCCAGGAGUGAGCGCUCGCCCGCCGCAGAUCGGGAAGGGGAAGCGCAACCACAAGAGGCGCAAGGAGAAGCGCAUGAAGAGGAAGAAGAAGGAGCAGCAGCAGCAGCACUCGUCGUCAAGCGCCUCGUACUCGGCAUCGAUCUCGUACUCGGACUACGAUAGCGAUGUCUCGGACGACGACUCGGACGACGACUCGGACGCCGGCCUCACUCCGGAGCAGAUGUACUACAAGGCCCGUGCGAGGGAAAAGGCCGGCCUGGCUCUCGAGAAGGAGCUCCUGGCCAAGCAGCGGGCGGCAAGGGGCCGCGACAAGAAGCCGGUCGCUCCUGCUGACGACGACAAAAAGUGCUCCAUCCAGUGA